AUGUCGGACGGGAUCAUGAGCAAAGCUGCCACCAUGGAGAUCCCCAUCAGCAGCAACGGGGACACGGGCAGCCUGCCGGAGGACGAUGGCUUGGAGCAGGUUUGUGGCUGGGGCCGGGUGGGCACGUGCCGGACCCCCGACCUGCAGCAGGUGAUGGUGUCGGGGCCCAACCUCAACGAAACCAGCAUCGUCUCCGGCGGCUACGGGGGCACGGCUGAAGGCAUCAUCCCCACCAGCACCAUCAAAGGCUCCGGGCUGCACCAGCCCCACCCCAGCCCGGCCGUUGGAGGAGAGGAGGUUGUCCGUGGCAUCGCCGUGGAGAAGUUUGACAUCGUCAAGAAAUGGGGUAUCAACACGUACAAGUGUACCAAGCAGCUGAUCUCGGAGCGGUUUGGCCGGGGCUCCCGCACCGUGGACCUGGAGCUGGAGACGCAGAUUGAGCUGCUCCGGGAGACAAAGCGCAAGUACGAGUGUGUGCUGCAGCUCGAGCUGGCUCUCACCAACCACUUCUACAGCCUGGUGCAGACGCAGCACGCCCUGGGGGAUGCCUUUGCGGACCUCAGCCAGAAAUCUCCUGAGCUGCAGGAGGAGUUUGGUUACAACGCGGAAACGCAGAAACUGCUCUGCAAGAACGGAGAAACACUACUGGGGGCUGUCAACUUCUUCGUCUCCAGCAUCAACACACUGGUGAACAAGACCAUGGAGGACACGCUCAUGACGGUCAAGCAGUAUGAGACAGCCAGGCUGGAGUACGAUGCGUACCGCACGGACCUGGAGGAGCUGAGCAUGGGCCCUCGGGACGCCAGCACCCUGUGCCGGCUGGACGCAGCGCAGAGCCAGUUCCAGAGCCACAAGGACAAGUACGAAAAGCUGCGUGCUGAUGUGGCCAUCAAGCUGAAGUUCUUGGAGGAGAACAAGAUCAAGGUGAUGCACAAGCAGCUACUGCUCUUCCACAACGCCAUCUCUGCCUACUUCGCUGGGAACCAGCAGCAGUUGGAGCAGACCCUCAAGCAGUUCAACAUCAAGCUGAAGACCCCCGGUGCUGAGAAGCCCUCCUGGCUGGAGGAGCAGUGAGCCGCCCC